CAAAACUGCCCAGUUUGAAGUUCAAUCUUCCUGAGCUUGCAGUCUUCAACCAGCAGUUGAAACAGACCUCCAGAGAAACAAAUCAGUAGGAACUGAAUAUCUAAAGUUGAAUCUCUGAGAAUUCUUGUUAAGAAUGGCUUCAGAUAACAGAAUAUCAUUUCAGGGAGAACCAUCUAUGAAUGAUCCUGGGUCAGAAAACCUAGAACAUAAACUUAGCCAAGGACCAGCCAUUCAGGAGGAGGACGAGAUCUAUGAGUUCCCAAGCACUCAGCUCACUUUAUUGCAAAACAGUAACUCAAGUGCAAGGCAGGAACUGCAAAAUCUCUACAAGUUAUUUCACUCAUGGCUGCAACCAGAGAAACACAGCAAGGAUGAGAUUAUUUCUCAUCUGGUCUUGGAACAGUUUAUGAUCAAUGGCCACUGCAGUGACAGGUCCAUAUUGAAAGAGAAAUGGAAUGCAAGUGGCAGGAACCUGGAGAAAUUCAUGGAAGAUCUGACUGAUGAUGGCAUGAAGCUACCUGGAUUAGUCCACGUCCACAUGAAGGGUCAGGAAGCCCUCUUUUCUGAGAAUAUGCCCUUAAGAGAAGUCAUCGUUCAUUUCAUGAAACAAUUGUCAGCAGGAACCCCAACAGAAGAGAACAUGGGGACACCCUCCUGGACUUCCCAAGAUACUUCCCUGGAAACAGGACAAGGUGAGUGGGGGUAAGCCAAGGUACCAGAGGGAUAUAAAGCAAAUGGCGACAACAUUUAUCACAAUGACGGUAUUACUAGUCAAGGCAAUGCAAUACCUUCCCUGUUCAUUGUCCAUGAGGAGGACUGUCCUCAGCCUGAAGAGGACAGUGUUUCUUUGAAGAAUCUGCUCAGCCCUGGAAGAGCGGGUCUAGGUACGUCCAAGUCCCAGGAAGGGUCCCUGCAAGGACGCCCAUAUCAAGAUGUCCUGAUGGAGGGGGCACCAGGGUUUCACUCUCGGUCAACCCCAGUCACCCCUGACCCUGUUUCUACCCACCAAAAAACCGAUGGGAAUUCCACAUGUAGGGGACCCCAAGAAAGAUUCCGUGAUGCCCAAAACUCCUACAGAUGUGAAAAAUGUCCCAGGAUCUUUAGGUAUUUCUCUCAGCUAAAAGCCCAUCAGAGAAGACACAACAAUGAGAGGACAUUCAUUUGUGCUGAGUGUAACAAAGGCUUCUUCCAAGCGUCAGACCUACACGUGCAUCAGAAGAUUCACACAGAAGAGAAGCCUUUCAGGUGCAGCACAUGUGAAAAAUCCUUCAGCCACAAAACCAACCUUCUGGCCCAUGAGAGAAUCCACACGGGUGAGAAGCCCUAUGUAUGUGCGCUUUGCCAGAGAAGCUACCGCCAGUCAUCCACCUACCACCGCCACCUGAGGACUCACCAGAAAAUUGCCGUCAAAGGUACUCCUUCCACAUCAGAAGCUUCCUCAGCUGUAGCCUCAGUGUAAUGCUAUGUGAAUAUGUAUGGAAAUACGUAUAUUUCCAUAGCACCUCCCUAUUUAGAACAUAUAAUUUCCUGAUUAUAUUUUCCAUUUAUUUUCUUCACUAAAAUGUAAGUUUAAGGAGGAAUUUCUGUUCGUUCACUGGAGUGUAUCUCAGGUGCCCAGAAAAGUGGCUGACAAAAAAUUCAAAUAACCUGCUGAAUAAAUGGAUGAAUGUGUAAUGUUGGUGU